AUGAACCCUAAACCGGAACCAAUGUUUUGGAAAAAAGAAUUCGCUUGGUCGUAUUCGACUGUUGAAAGACUAGCGAUAGCUAAGAGUAAGCAGCUGGGCAAUAUUUUCAGAGAAUAUGCUCGUUAUUGUACUGUACACGGCGUCCAAUAUAUAUUUAAAGAUAAUUCCAGUUUGAUCGAACGGUGCGCUUGGUUAGUCAUCGUGUUAACAAGUUUUGUUUGCGCUAGUAUUCUGGUCCACACUAUGUGGCUAAAAUUCAACUCCUCACCGACGGUUACCGCUGUCAAGGACACGCACUUGGCGUUAUAUUCGCUCCCGUUUCCUGCUGUUAACGUUUGUCCUAUGGACAAGAUAAAACGUUCAGUGGCCUAUAAGUACGUAGCUGAUAGAAUAAAUGUUUCGUAUCAAGAGUCCGAAUUGGACAACUUCCUCAACGUGUUGACGCUAUUUCAACACCCGCUUUACAGUAGAAUGUUGUAUUACUUAAAUAAUGGAAAAAGCGGUUUUCUGUCCAAAUUAACCACCAUAAAUAUUACAGAUUUUAUGUUACAUGUAUUGCCGACAUGUAACGAAGUUUUCAACGCUUGUUAUUGGAUAGGACACUCUUACAAUUGUUGUGAUUUGUUCAGCUUACAGAGAUCAGAAGAAGGUUUUUGUUAUUCAUUUAACUCGCUGACUUCCGUAAAAAAAUCAAAAUGUCCUAUGUUUAGCACUCUGGACACUGAUAUGACUCAAACAAAUUCUACGAAUUGGGAAUGUGUGCUGAGACGGAACACAGCGGCCGGUUCUACUUCGGGAUUACAAAUAUUUUUCAAGCAAUUUGAUAAAUCGGAACGUUUGAUAAACGCUUCUAUAAUUACUGGGCAACCGGCGGUCAGGGUUCAAGUAUUUUAUGUGAACGAGUAUCCAGAAUCCGGUAUGGGCAGCAUUGUUACCGCAAAGAAAGGGACUAAACUAAGUAUAAUGGUAAAACCGUUUGUUACUAUUAGCACGGAUAGGAUCAAACACUUACCCGUGGCAGAGCGGUUUUGUUAUUUUCCUGAUGAACAACAUUUGAGUGUAUCAAAAUCAUAUACUCAAAAGUCAUGUCUUAUAGAAUGCCGUUUAAAUUAUUUACACAGAAAGUGUGGUUGUCGUCCGUACUAUUUCAACAUGCUCGAUAACCGUAUACCAAUAUGUAACUCGACACAGCUAUUAUGCAUCGCACAGCACAAUAGUGAGUUACGGUUCUACAGUCCACCGAUAGGCAACAUAAGAGGUUUCCUACUGACAGAGAUGAAGUCGCCUCUCAAUUGUUCUCAGUGCUUGCCCACGUGCCACGAAAGCGUGUUUGACCUAGACGUGGAUUAUUCGUUGGAUUCACUGCCACUGACAAGGCACAGUUACGGAUCAGUGGACAUUUUCUAUAGGAACGAGGGAGCGGUGAAGUAUGAGAGGGACGUGACGUUUGGCUGGAUCGACUUGUUGGUGUCAUUUGGAGGCAUUGCAGGUCUGUUUUUGGGAUUUAGUUUGUUGACAAUCAUUGAAUUCGUGUACUGGGGAAUUAAGUUCCUCAUAUAUCAAUACAAUAAGCCUUCGUCGAGCAAUAAAAUAACACCUAAAUAUUAAU